UUUGAGUUUUUGGCUUUGCACGCGCAUCUAGCGCACGACUGGUGCGCCUGCUGUUGCACGCAUAAGACACGUUUUUUGGAUUCGUGCUGGAAGCUGCGGCUUCCUGGGCUGCAGGGCUAGGUGUGGCGAGGACACAGCAUGGCAGGCAUUAUCUCCCAUGCCGCUGCGGCGAAAGCUGUCGAGAUGGAGGCUGGAAAAGGAGGGGCGAGCAGAGACGUCCAAGCAAGCACUGCAGCGGAAAAGAAACAACACGUCUGCACACACUGCGGCGCCCAGCACGCCUCGCGCUCCGCUCUCUUCCGCCAUUUAAGGGCCCAGUGCGACCCGACGCUCAACAAGGAGAAUGUGGCGAAGCUCGCCGUGGUCGUCGCCUACGCCGGCGACGCGCAGCUCGGCGCCGACGCGAGAAAUGGCGGCCCGGCGGCGACGACGCAGCUAGUCGUGAAAGCUGUUGGGAACGCGUGCGCAGGCGCGGCUGGGGGCGGCGCGGUCGUCCAGUCGACGCACGCCGCUGUCAGCACGGAGAAGCACGCCGGCGCGCGCGCGAAUAUUGUGCUUGUGGCGCUGCGCAACAUCCAAGCCGGCGCGCGGCUCACCGCCACGACGCUCGACGAGCGCCUGCCCGACGGCCUGCGCGUGCUCGCGGCUAGGUUCCUCACAAACAGCGCGGCGGACCAGGCGCUCGCGGGGCGGCUGACGAAGCGCAUCCGCCGCUGCGCGCACGUGAUUGCGGUGCCCUACGCCGCCGUCGUUGUAGACGAGGACGAGCGCGACGAUGGCCGGUCCGUAUUUGUGGUGGCGACGCGGCCGGGCGGGCGCGACCCGGCCGUGGACGAGGCCUGGAUCCGCGACGUAGCACGAAUGGCGGACGCGCCGCCGCCGGACGCGGUGGAGGGCGUCUGCGGCGGCGACGCCUUCGCGAAGCUCUCGUACGGCGACGCGGAGCUUGCGAAGAAUGCGGUUUCAAAGCUCGACGGCCUCGCGCGAGGCGACGUCGUUCUCCAGGUGAUGCCGUGGCGCGAGGCCCGGGCCAAGCUCGACGCGCACAAGCGCCUCAAGGACGCACUCGCCGCCGCGAGCCGCGCGGUCUUCAGCGGCGCGGCGUCCGUGCUGCGGCCCGCGUCGCUCGCGCGCGACGUCCGCACGGUCGGCGGCGACUGGCGCGACGACUGGCUGCUCGUCCGCGUCCGCGGUUUUGCGCAGUGCCCUAAUCAAAUUUCCGCCCAUGGGCAGUACGGCUGCGUCGUCGUCGAGAAAUGA